CAUUGCAUCAUCAAAGCUAUACAAACGACAUGGAUUCGUGCCUGCCGAUCGCCAAACAUAAAGCUAUCACACGGACCCCCAAGCUCAGAAUGCCGAGACGUCAAACCGAACUGCUGGAUCUUUCACAUCCCCAAGGCUCUUGGCUAAAAUGUCGCUUCACGUUCGAGCAGAUGCAAGCGAGAAUGGCAUUGAGCCACCGCUUUCUCAAGCCGUUGGCUAUGUCGUCGUUAUCGCGAUUGGUUUCCUUAUCGCGUUUAUCAUGAUGUUUUUGACGCAUAUCUUGAAGAAGACUGUCGGCGAAGAUAACAAGACAACUGAGAUGUUCAUGACAGCCAAUCGAAGUGUUGGCACUGGUUUAACUUCGUCUGCUGUUAUUUCGUCUUGGCUUUGGAGUACGGCUAUGCUUGGAAGUACUCUUGUUGGAUACAAUUUUGGUGUCGCUGGGCCGUUCUGGUUUGCAGCUGGGUAUGCACCCUGCCUCCGCGAUUAUUUUCGGUAGUUGUUGACCCUUAUCAGAUGCUCACCCAUGAUCGUCUUCUUCGCUCUACUUGGUAUCUCCUGUAAGCUCAGAGUACCCGAAGCGCAUACCCUACUCGAGAUUGUCCGUAUACGAUAUGGUACCUCGGGCCAUAUUGUCUGGAUUGGCCUAUGCUUGAUCAACAACAUCAUCGCUAUUGCAAACAUGUUGCUGGGUGCAAGUGCUGCGAUCUCUGCCUUAUCUGGUAUCCAUAUCAUCGCCGCUACGUUCUUGUUACCUGUCGGCGUGGUGCUGUAUACCUUUGUUGGCGGCAUCAAAGCGACCUUCCUGACUGAUUACUUCCAUACUUUUGUGAUCACUAUCAUCAUAUGUUUCUUCACCAUCAAGGCUUUCCUUGUCCCCGAGAUUGGAUCACCUGGUGGUCUGUAUGAUCUGAUCGUUCAGGUUGGAAAGGACCAUCCUGUCGCCGGCAACCACGAUGGAUCUUUCUUGACAAUGACUAGCAAAGACGCUAUAUACUUCGGUAUCAUUCAUGUGCUGGCUAAUUUUGGUCUCGUCAUCAUGGACACUGGUUUCUUCGCCAAAGCCUUUAGCGCUGCGCCUCAAGCUGUUGUCCCAGGCUACAUCAUCGGCGGCAUCGCUUACUUUGCCAUCCCGUGGUGUCUCGGCACCUUGAUGAGCUUUUCCGCUCUAGCUCUUGAGGAUACUCCUCGCUUUCCUACCUACCCUCGUCGCAUGUCUUCUGUAGAGAUCUCCAAUGGUCUUGUUCUUCCCUACGCCGCGAUCGCAAUCGCCGGAAAAGGCGGUGCUGCCGCUGUUCUGUUGAUCACUUUCAUGGCUGUCACUUCAACUAUCAGCGCCCAGGUCAUCUCCGUGUCAUCCAUCAUCAGCUUUGAUAUCUAUCGCCAGUACUUUAACCGUGGGGCAACUGAUCGUGACGCUAUUCGGUGGAGUCACAUCGGUGUCGUCUUUUUCGGUCUUUUCUCCGCCGCCUUCUCUACCGCCCUCUACUAUGGAAAGGUUGACCUUGGAUGGACUCUGUACAUGCUUGGUGUUUUGACAUGCCCCGGUAUUUUCCCAACUGUCUUUACGAUUCUAUGGCGAAAACAGUCAAAGAUUGCUGCUAUUGUCUCGCCUCUUCUGGGCAUGGCCACUGGCAUCGCUGUAUGGCUUGGCUCAGCAUCGUCACUGUACGGUGAAGUCACCGUUGCAUCCACUGGAAAGUCUCUUCCCUGCGUGUACGGAACUGUCGCUUCAGCUUUGAGCCCAGCGCUGUACUCAGUCGUGAUCUCGCUCAUAAAGCCUGCCAAUUACCAAUGGGCUGACUUCAGAAAUGAACGUCUUGCGUUUGACCAGGUUGGUUCAACAAAAGAAGAAGUGAGGACGCACGAACAAAAGGUAGCCAGCUACACCGCCGAUAAGGCCAAGCUCAAACAUUGGGGCACUCUUGCGGCGAUUUGGUCCGCCGCUACGUUCUUGGGACAUUGGGUUCUAUGGCCUCUUCCGAUGUACGCAGCUAAAUACGUCUUUGGUAAGACUUUCUUCGUUGCUUGGAUUGUUAUCGCCAUUAUUUGGGUGUGGGGGACCAUGUUCGUCGCAGGCUUCUACCCCAUCAUUGAUGGUUGGCCUCAGUUGAAGACAGUUUAUCGGGGCCUGAGAGGCCAGGGCCCAGUUGAAGGUGAGCCUGAAGUAGUUCAAAAUGCCCAAAGUGAUUCUUCCAUCACUGAGAGGGACGAGAAGGGGAACAAUGGGAUCCUGGCCUGAGAGUAGUCUGACAGCGCACUUUAUAUAAGAGAUACACAUAGUGGUCAAUUAGUCAGAUUCCCCAUAAACCAUAACUCUAAUACAUGUACAAGACAAUGGUCUAUCUUUCGUUUACGCGAAAUUGAGAUAGGAA